UGCCUCUGGGAACACAAUCGAGUUGUCGCCUCUCCCGCAGAAUUAAAGCCCACUGCUAGAUGCAGACUUAGAAAGGUGCGAGCCGCCCAAUCGCAAAACAACAUUUCCAGACAAUAUUUGCACUGUUGGUGUGGACGCGGAUGCCAGAUCACACCUCUGCUUUUCGCUGCUGCUCUUGAAGGUGAAGACAUGCCUUUCCAAUUUUUUCAACGGCACGGUGCUCCCAAAUCCAGAUUCUCUGGUUCCUUGAACGGUCAACACUGGCGCUUUCUGAGGAGCAAUUUGGAUUAUUCCAGAGAGGCCUUCCCUCUUUCAGGUGAGAGCAUCCUUACCCAGCCAGAAAAAGGACCCAGCCAUCUUCUUCUCUCCGAGAAACCGAAGAAUCUUCUCCGAGCAUCCCAGAGAUCCAGAAAGAGGCUAUCGGAGCCACAGAGCUACACUUCGAAGCUCAGCCUGAUGAGCCAAUCCCAAAAGGACCACGUUGCUCAAGUUGAAUACUGCCUCAGCCAACACCCCUUAGCCCUCUACCCAAAUUUUGAAGAAAGCAUUCCUGCAGAGCUUUUCAAGGAAGUCAUGAGCAUCCUGGACCCAGAGGUGCUUCCUACCGACCAAGAACCUGAUGCCAGCCUUGGUGGAGAACCCUGCCCUCCUCCUACGAUCCCUUCCCUCCUGGAAGACAAAAGGAACAGACAAGCAAGGGCCCCACAGGCCAAACGCAAGGAUCCAGGAAACAAAGCUCCGUACACCUGGUUCUCCCCCACAAAAGUAGCAGCAAGAGAAUUGAAAGCCAGGUUGAAUUACGUCCCUCCUCUCGACGAGAAUAUCAAGCGAGCCACCAAAGAACUUUGCGAUGGAUUCAAUUCUCUAGGAGGGGAGAAGUACAGCGUAGAUGAGGACACCGUUCUAAGUAUGUUUGAUGCGGCUUACGAGACCACCCUCCCGAUGUUUCACCCGCUGCGUGUUGAGGAACUCCGUGAUCUACCCAUGGACCUGAAGAAGCAUUUUGGGAUGCUACCUUCUCGAGCUCUUAGAAAGAAUCAGGAUAUUAAGCCUUCUAAGGACGCUUGCCAAUCCAGAUGGGAGAGGAAGAUCAGAUAUGGAGCUUGGUAUCUGGACCCAAAGACGUGGAAAAAACAGAAUGUGAAUGAACCUUUAGAAAACCCAAAAGAGAGCAGCCUCAAGAAUUCUAGAAGGCUCUUAAGUGAAGAGGAUGCCAAGCUCAUACACCUUCAUGGAACUCACGCUUUCCAGGAAUUUCUUGUACAAAAGGGUUAUCGGAUACCAGAGUUUUUGCAGCAGAUGCUGGAGGAACAGAAUGAUGUUGAGCCAAAAGUGGGAGGUUUGAAGAACGCCAAGGAUGAACCCCAGAAAUGCAAAGAGCUCAGAGAAGAUUAUUCAGCAGUGGUGGGGAACAAAUACGAAGACCAAAGAAUCCAGUGAUCACGAGAACGGAAGCCGACCACAGCUCUGUCUACGAUGUUAUUUGAAUAGGAAUUCUUUCUAAGGACAUGUACCUGGAUGAAAUUUUCUGAGCAAUACCCGGUGGGGAUUCCCUACCUAAAUCCUUUGCCGCUUUUUGAAACUGGCUGGAACAGAAGUUGCCUUCAGAAGUUGUGGGAGCUUCAUCAAUGGAAGCUUUCAAGAAGAGAUUCGACUGCCACCUGUCAGAAAUGGUGUAGGGUCUCCUGCUUGGGUAGGGUUGGACUAGAUGACCUUACCCUUCCAACUCUGUUAAUCUGUAUUAAUCAGAAUAAAAGAUGUAGUUGGAAUCAACAGACCUGCUUGGUACACCUGGGAAAACCCAACAGUCACCCAACAACAGUUUGAAUGUUUUCUUUCACCAAUUUGUUAUUGCUGUCUCUAACCACACCACACACAACUGCUGCUUAGUUGUGUUUCCUCGCCCACAACUGGCAGGAGAUCCUGGAGUCUUCAGUCUUAUUGCCCCUGCAAUAUGUCCUUAUUGGGCACCCGAAAUGGGUUUGUGCUGUGUUGCUUUAACAUACAACGUUCUAAAAGUUGUGAUUGGGAAAAAAUAAAAACAUGGAUAGUAGAAAUAAUAGAUCAAGAAAUUGAAUUAGAACCAGAAGUUUCCUUAUUAGGCAUGAUAAAAAGGAAUAUUAGAAAAGACAUAAAA